UAUCAAUCAACGCGGUGGUUUGGAGGAAGCCUAAAUGAAACAGGCAACCAAUUACUGGGAGGCUAAAAGGCACAAGGAACCUGCGUGGCAGCCUGGCGAGAUAACGAUGGCGAACAUCACACCACGUCGACUUGCCCACUUUCAAACCUAUACAACACAACGCCCCUCCCCCCUCCCUGCAAACGACGUCACAACAACCGAGUAAUGGCCAUAUUUCACCUGCAUGUGUCCCCUGAAGCCAGGCGGCAAAAAAUACAGAGUAGGAUUAACGAUACCCACGCCCUGGCCGAAAUGUGCCUGCAUGGCCCCGUUCAGCCUAAGCAGCUGUCGAAGCUAGGGAUCCACGCCGUUCAGGUGUCGCUGCUCAAAAACGACCUCUUCAAGUUCAAACCGUGCUUUUUCUUGCCUGCUCCAGCUCAAACGAUACGGACUUGUCUUCGGGCCAAAUCUCAUGACGAGCUACAGAACGCUGUCUCUGACGAUGAAAAGACGGACUCUCGAGGAAGCUCGGAUUCAUCCAUAAGCAGGACCCUUGUCACACAAUACUCUCUCAUCGUGGAUAGUCGUUGCGAUAAAUUACCGACCGCUAUCAGAAGUAACCUCUUCUUGGAUAACCUAAGUUCCCUUCGGGAAUGCGGGGCGACAUCGAAAGGGAAAUGGCGAUACCAACCGGAUUUGGAGUUAUCAAACCAUGAGUUCGAUACCGACCACUGGGAGAUCCUCCACCUUUUCGAGGAUGCCGAGCAUGAACUGUCUCAUAUUAUAUUUGAUCUUCGCCAGGACCUAGAUGUCGACAAGACGGAAUAUCUCACGGCGGGUGAGAUCAAGGCGAUUCUCAGAGUCAUGACAGUCCGGAUGGGACUGGCCUGCUAUCAUGAACAUGUCUUGAUGCCAAUCCUGGUGGUGUCGUACUUAAAUUCAAAACAAGGACGCAUUCUCCAAGCACAUCACGAUGGUAGGAGCGUGAUCAUCCAGUAUACGCCGCUGUUCAACUUUGGGGGGCUUGCAUAUGGGCCGGUCGAACUCUUUCUCCGCUACUACUGCAGCCGGCCCGCGGGAAUAGCGAUCAGUAAAUAAGAGCAGUAAGGAUCGAGUAUCAAACCGGAAUAGAACGAUUGUAUGUCGCAGAGUAUCAGAUCCCGAGAUACGACCAGGGAUCUAGACCGUCGGCCGCAUUGCACUAACGCGUUAUCUCCCCCAUCCCCCGCCUGGUUAUGAAUUACGCACUCGAUAGGAUUGUCGCAUCCAACCAGGAACCCUUGACAGUCUUAUCAAUUGCUACUGUUGCACGCCAAGACACACGUGGGUGAUAGCUGCAGAACCAAACCAUUGGAGUACGAAAUCCUGUUGGCUCUGGGCCGCUGGCAAAUUGUCCGAAAUAUUCGGUGCCGUC